CUGGGGAGUGCGCUUCCGGCAGGUGCCGGGUUCGUGGUUGGCUUGAUUCACCGAAAGAUCACGGGUUGCCGCUGCUUUGGUCUGUGUUUGCUUUUUCUCCCUUCGCCAUUUGCGUGGCCCGGUUGUUGUCUCAUCCUCUGCUUCCCUUCCGGCGGUGGGCGGCCUGACAAGCCUGACAAGGGGCCAGCGCUCGACUGCAUUCCACAUUCCACACCAUGUAGCAGAGGUCAAUGGCUGAUUCCCAACCGGGAAACCAUGCUUGCGAACGGCUACGAUGCCGGUACGUGCGGUGUGCGUGCUUGAGUGCGUGCGUGAGGUAAGCUUGUUCCCCAGACCCGCCGCGUUCCGGACGAUGUUGCCAAACUACCGACCACAUGCGUAUCAUUUGCUCCAGGAUGCACGAGGGCACCCCGGGGCUGGGAGACAAAAACUGUCCGCAGAUGAUAGGUCGGACCUUGCAGCUUCUGGAGGGCGUGGAGGCGUGGAGGGCCACUGGAGGAUCCCACACGUUUGUUCUGGAAUCGAUGAACCACCGCCAGCGGCGCAGAACACACACGACCUGUUGCGUCUGCGCCCGCGUCUAUUCGUACUUGUCUCUCCCAACACGCCCUCGUAUCGUUCUGGAGCCACGCUGUCUCGCCCUGCCCUGCCCUGUCCCGCCGUGGCAAGGGGUCAAUGGACGGGAUCGCCAAUCGUGCGAAUACAAACACCGCCCUCCCAAACGACAAACCUACAGCAGCCACGGACCAGGCCGAAGCUGACGCUGCAGGGCAUCAACACAUGCAGGCAGCUGAGUUCACGUCAUUGCCAGGCUCUGCGCUGUCCGAUGCGAGGCGACGACGGGAACGGUGCGAAGCAGUGCCUCACUCACCUACCCGAUGGACGCUCUCGUCAGCUCGACGCACGCAAGCACACGCAAACAAUGCGACGAGAGAUGAGGCGAGAUGAGGAGUGUUGCACCGAUCGGGAGCCCACAUGAUGCUGCCUUGGCUUGGGCUUAGAUGCAUUCAAUCGAGUUGUCACCGGUCCUGACCGGUCUGCCUCUGUCAUGUCAGUUGCCACGGACAGAGCCCCAUUCCGAUGCCCACUCCCCGUUUCCACGUCGUUUACGGAGUAGCUCCGUCAUAUUUCACCGUGGGCGCGAC